CAUCAAACCAUGCCAUACCUUCCAUUCCAUUACUUUCAAUAGAUUGGUUGAUAGAUUCAUUCAUUAUGGGCAUUUCUUCCAAUCGAACCUUUUCCAAUUCUUUCGCUGCUGCAAAAUGGCUUGGUUUUGUCACCGCCGUUUGGGUCCAAGCCAUUUCAGGCAACAAUUACACUUUCUCUAACUAUUCAGAUGCUCUUAAAACUCUUAUGAACUUGAACCAACUCCAACUCAACAAUUUAUCAGUCGCUAAAGAUGUUGGUAAAGCCUUUGGUCUGCUUGCGGGUCUUGCCUCUGACCGUUUGUCUACUCCGGUCAUUCUUCUUAUCGGUUCUUUUGAAGGACUUGUUGGUUAUGGCGCUCAAUGGCUUGUAGUUAGCCGGCGGAUUCAACCUCUUCCUUACUGGCAGAUGUGUGUAUUCCUCUGCUUGGGAGGCAACAGUACAACAUGGAUGAACACGGCGGUUUUAGUAACUUGCAUCCGCAAUUUCCGGCGAAACAGAGGCCCUGUUUCCGGUAUCUUAAAAGGUUACGUGGGAUUAAGUACGGCUAUUUUCACUGACCUUUGUUCUGCUCUGUUUUCCGAUGACCCUGCUAGCUUUCUCCUCAUGCUUUCUAUCGUACCAUUAGCCGUCUGUCUCACCGCUGUCCUCUUCCUGCGUGAAAUUCCGCCAGCAGCCACCGUCGAAGAAGAGAAAGAAGAGUUCAAAUAUUUCUCAAUUUUUAACUUCGUAGCUAUGGUUGUCGCUGUUUAUCUGUUAAUAUAUGGAUUUAUUGCAAAUCCCAGCAGAGGUUUAUCGUUGGGGUUUGCUAUCAUGUUACUAUUUCUUCUAGCUUCUCCAUUAGCAGUUCCGGUUUACUCUUUCAUAAAAAGUUGGAACCUAAACCGUUUGAAGAAUAAACCGACCGACAUUGAAGAACCGUUUUUGGAUGGAGAAACUGAGGGUGAGAUUCAACAAAAACCAGAGGAGGAUCCUGAGGUGGAGGCGGCGGAAGUGGUAAGUCAACCACCGGUGGAGGAAGUGCCGGAGAUAAAGCAGAAACCGGUUAUUGGUGAAGAGCACACGAUUUUUGAGGCGCUAGGAACCGUGGAUUUCUGGAUUUUGUUCGUGUCGUUUCUUUGCGGUGUGGGUACAGGUUUGGCGGUGAUAAACAAUAUGGGACAGAUAGGAUUAGCUCUUGGAUACGCCGACGUUUCAAUAUUUGUCUCGCUUACAAGCAUUUGGGGAUUUUUUGGAAGGAUUGCUUCUGGUACUGUCUCUGAGUACUUCAUCAAGAAAAAUGGAACACCAAGGCCUCUCUGGAACGCAGCAUCUCAAAUAGUAAUGGCUGUUGGGUACAUUCUAAUGGCAAUAGCUCUGCCUGGUUCGCUAUACAUUGGUUCAAUUGUUGUUGGCAUAUGCUAUGGAGUUCGUCUAGCCGUCACAGUUCCAACAGCCUCUGAAUUGUUUGGACUAAAAUAUUACGGUUUAAUUUACAACAUUUUAAUUCUCAAUCUUCCACUUGGUUCGUUUCUCUUCUCUGGUCUACUCGCCGGAUUUCUGUACGACGCUGAAGCUACUCCAACGGCAGGAGGCGGCAACACUUGUGUUGGUGCCCAUUGCUAUAGGCUCGUGUUCCUUAUCAUGGCCAUUGCAUGUGGUGUUGGAUUGGGUUUGGAUGUUCUGUUGGCAAUUAGAACAAAGAAUGUGUAUUACAAGAUUCAUUCCAGUAAGAGAUCAAAGAAAUUGGCUGCCGCGGUUCAUGACAGUCAAUUACAUUAAAUGGUUGAGAGAAGAGAAAGGUAAUUUUGGGAUUGACGGGCUACUGCUCGAUGAUAUCCUGAAAUCAGUAUAUUUGUCACUUUUUGAUAAUGCUAUUCUUGACACGUAGCUUAAAGUAUUAUUUUGAUCAUUUAGCCUUCAAUAAACCAAAAAGAAUGUAUCAUUUUUGUUUGUAACAUUUGUAAUACCAUUCCAUCUGAUUAUGUUUAAUUAAAUGGAUCGAGUCGUUUUUCAGUUCAA